GCUUGCAAACUUUGCCCUCCCUCUGGCCAGUAGCUGAAGAAGGGGUAUGCCCAGGAGUGGCCUCAGCUCUGCUUUGACCAAGAUAAAGGGUGGGGAGAGCAGGCCCCAGACUGGCGGGAGGGCUCAGCCUUGAGAUUAUGCUGGAGACACAACAAGGGGUGGGCAUGCCCUAGGCGGGUCAGAGCAGGGGCUCUCGAGCUCAGAGACCCAAGCCUUGCAUUCCCGGCGCCCCUCCGAGCUCCUCUCCCCAUGGACCGCACUGUGGUGCUCAUCACGGGCUGCUCCUCCGGCAUCGGCCUGCACCUGGCUCUGCGUCUGGCAUCCGACCCCUCCCGCAGAUUCAAAGAUCCUUGUCUUCUCCCUGAACCUCCAGUGUAUGCCACGCUGCGGGACCUGAGGGCGCAGGGCCCGCUGCGGGAGGCGGCCCAGUCCCGAGGGUGCCCUCCUGGCUCCCUGGAGAUGUUGCAGCUGGAUGUGAGGGACGCAGAUUCCGUGGCCGCUGCCCGGGCACGCGUGACCGAGGGCCGCGUGGACGUGCUGGUGUGUAAUGCGGGCCGGGGCCUGCUCGGGCCGCUGGAGGUGCAGGAGGCUGGCGCCGUCGGGUCUGUGCUGGACGUGAACGUGGCAGGGACGGUGCGGACACUGCAGGCCUUCCUGCCGGACAUGAAGCGCCGCCGCUCGGGACGCGUAUUGGUGACGGGGAGCAUGGGUGGCUUGAUGGGUGCGUGGAAUGGGGCAGGGCCAGCGGGAGGGGUGGGGCCUGGUGACAGUGCCAGGGGCUACAGUGGGCUCCGGGCGCCUCCAAAAGCUUCAUCUCCCCUGGAAGGGCUGCCAUUCAACGCCGUUUACUGCGCCAGCAAGUUUGCGAUCGAAGGUCUAUGCGAGAGUUUGGCGGUUCUGCUGCCGCCCUUCGGGGUCCACGUGAGCCUCAUCGAGUGCGGCCCGGUGCGCACCGCUUUCCAGGAGAAGCUGGAGGGCGGCCCGGGCGGAGCGCUGGACGGCGCGGACGCCGAGACCCGCGACCUCUUCUCCCGCUACCAGCGCCAUUUGGAGCGGAUCUUCCACGAGGCGGCGCAGGACCCGGAGGAGGUGACCGAGGUCUUCCUCGCCGCGCUGCGCGCCCCGCGCCCCGCGCUACGCUACUUCAGCACGGAGCGCUUCCUGCCCCUGGUGCGCAUGCGUCUCACCGAUCCCAGCGGCCGCAGCUACGUCGCCGCCAUGCACCGCGCGGUGUUCGCCGAAGAGCCCGCCGAGGAGUCCGCUGCCGACCUGGGCGGCCCCGCGCUCGGCGCUCCUCCCGCCGCCCCGCAAUAAAGGCUUGGCCCGCCGCUG